AUGGAAGAAAACCAAAUCACUCAAAACCAACAACACCAUCUCCCCCCUGAACACAAACUCCAAAUGAACAAACCUAUUUCACCCUCUCCUUACAGCACAAGCUCCUCCAAACGUGCUUUUGCCACAUUCAUAACCAUCUUUCUCAUACUAAUCGGCAUCACACUCCUUGUCCUCUGGCUAGUCUACCGUCCACACAAACCUCACUUCACCGUCGUCGGUGUCGCCGUCUACGGCCUCAACACAACCUCACCACCUCUCCUCUCCGCCACCUUACAGUUCAACGUCCUCAUCAAGAAUCCAAACAAACGUGUCUCAGUUUACUAUGACAGAUUCUCAGCUUUUGUUUCCUACAGAAACCAAGCCAUAACACCACAGAUCAUGCUACCACCGUUAUUCCUAGAGAAACACAGCCAGGUUUCCUUGUCUCCGGUGCUCGGAGGCACCGCGGUUCCUGUGUCGGUUGAAAUAUCAAAUGGUUUGAUGGUGGAUGAAGGCUAUGGAGUAGUGGGUCUGAAACUGGUGUUUCUUGGAAGGUUGAGAUGGAAAGCUGGUGCAAUAAGAACAGCACAUUAUGGUUUCUAUGGAAAGUGUGAUGUGUUGAUUGGUUUGAAGAAAGGUUUUGUCGGUCAAGUUCCAUUGCUUGGUACUCCACCUUGCUACAUCGACAUAUGA